AUGGUGCAUGUUUAUAACGACAUAUUAUCGAUCGUAGUGGUCGUUCUCAUUAUUUAUAUUUCUCAUUUUUAUUAUAAAUACUUUACUCGCAAAAAUCCUCUCCCUGGUCCAAUACCCCUUCCUUUAUUCGGUAAUCUUUUUCUAUUCCGUCAUGAUAUUGGCGAGUUGCCAGGAUUACUUCAAAAGAAAUAUGGAGAUAUUUUUGAAACCUAUAUAGGUUCCCGAAAAUUUGUCUGGCUUUGUAGAGAAGAUUUAAUUCAAAAAAUGACUACUACAUCGACUCGCAGUAACUUUCAUAAUCUAACGACUCCAGACAAUGAAGGUCUUAAAGAAGUUGGAUUGUUAAAUACUGCACUUGUCUAUAACUUAAAUUAUAAGACCUGGGAAUUCUAUCGAAGGUUUUACGCGAGGUCUAUCUUGAAGUCGUCGUUUAAUAUUAAAGCCGCAGAUUGUAUCCAGGAAGCAUUUAGAGAGAUGGAAGAUUAUUGGGAACAACUCGGAGAAGGCACAAUAUUGGAAUUUCCCCGCUGGAUAAAAAGAUUUUUUACGGAUACCACAUUCCUUAUGGCCGCUAGUAAACCCACAUACUCAUUGGCUAGCUACUAUAAUAGUUUAUUUACUGAUAAAAAGGUCCAUAUACCAGCAAACAGCCUAAAAGAAAGCGAUACUUUUAUAAGGGCUAUUGAUGCCUUUGUUACGAGUCUCUUAUACUUUCUACUACUUCCAAAGUAUCUUAGAGAAUUACCGGGACUCAGGGGAUACACAAAUAAUUUAAAGAAAAGGGUAGAAUGGUUAAAGAAUAACGUUCGUGGUAUUAUCAAGGAGAGAAGAGAAGAAAUUGAAAAAACUCCCGAAGACCAUGAGUUAGCACAUGAUUUAUUAACCAUGUUUAUAACGAUUAAUACUUCACGUGACAUCACCGAAAAAAUUGCGGAUAGUUUACAUGAUAGGCCUAUGACUGAUGAAGAAAUUUGCGGAAACUUUAUGGAACUUUUAUCGGGUGGAAUCGAUACAUCGUCGAAUUCUAUCUGCUAUAUUAUUUAUUAUCUUUCGCAUUAUCCAAAAGUUAAAGAAAAGUUUAUAGAAGAAAUUGAUCGUGUCGUGGGGAAAGAUAUAAGCCAUAAGAUUACUAAUGAAGACAUAGGAAAACUUGAAUAUUGUGAAGCAGUAAUUAAUGAAUGUUCUCGAAUAUUUUCGAUUCUUCCAAGUGUGGGUAAAAGAAACGCAAAGCCUGACGAGAUUGGCGGCAUGACAUUUCCUGCAGACACUCAAUUUUUCACUUAUUUCCAAGGAAUCCACAAACACAAGUCUCUAUGGACGGAUCCAGAAGAAUUUAAUCCAGAAAGGUUCAUGGGUAAAAACGGUGCAGAAAACAAAAAACACCUUUAUACUUUUGGCAUUGGGCUAAGAAAGUGUCCCGGAAGAAACUUGGCGAUGUUAGAAUUAAAACUUACUUUGGCAUUAUUGUACAGAAAGUAUGAUAUCGAACUAGUUGAUAUGAAUUCACCGAUAAAGUAUCAUACUGCCAUAGUCAGGACUUGUGAUGAACUUAAAGUUCGAAUCAAGAAACGAAAUAUUUAA